AUGUCAACGAAACACUUGCGGAGAUGUUUACAAGAAAAAAAGGCAUUCGGAGAGGAGAGGUCAUCGGUCCGAGAAAAGGAGGAAAGCUCCGAAUCGGCGAGUGAAGAAAGAAGAUUGGAACCAUUUGUAUGUAAUAGGUAUGAAUUCCUUGAAGAAUCUGGGGAAGGAGGAGACGAAAGUUCUGGACCAGUUGAAGAAGCACCGGUUGACAGUAGAAUGCUGAAUGUGGAGAAUGAGUUACGCUCAAUUCUGGGUCGAAGAAGCACAGAUACCAUUCAACGUGGGCGAGUGGUUUUUGGCAAAAUAGUGAAAAAGAAACCAACUUGGCCAGAAGUUAAAAAUGUUGGUUUAUCAAUGGUACUAGAUCGCACCGAAGGUAAUAUAUUUUGGUUCAGAUUUUCGCAUCACGCUUAUUAUCGUGAAUUGCAGCAAAGUUUUUGGAUAGCAUCAGAAUCACUCAAUCAUAAUUUCAUAUCGAAUAUUUUGACACAAUGUCCGUACCACUUAGAUAGCCUGCUUAUUAUGGCCGAAUUGUUGAGACAGCAAGAAGAUUAUCAGUUCGCUCGUGAUUUAAUUGAACGUGGACUGUUUUGCUGUGAAAGUGUAUUUGCUCCCCGAUUUCAACUGAGCAACUUCGAUCAUCGCAUCGACUAUGUCCAUUUCGAAAAUCGAGCAUUUUACUUGUUGCUUCAUCGACAUUUGCGAAACCUUGUAGAUCGUCAUUGUUUCAAAACAGCCCUCCAUGUUGCCAGACUUAUAUAUCGUCUGGAUCCUGUCUCAGACCCACUUGCUAUAGUGCUUACUAUCGAUACGAUUGCUUUGAAAGCACGAGAGUAUAAUUAUCUAAUUCUUCUGUACAAUACAUUACAAGCUUCAAAAAACUUGGAUAGACUUCCAAACUUCGCAUAUUCUGUCGCCCUUGCCUAUUUUUCUCUAUUUUGCGAAAGUGGAAAAUCUGAAGAUAAGGAACUUGCUGACUUUAUGAUUGCCUCGGCUAUUCGACAUUUCCCAACAGUGCUACUGAAACUUUUGGAUGCAAUGAAUGUACAGCCUGAUCCAACAGUAGAAAAUAAUGAACAUAUGAGUGCACUAGCUCAUGAGAGAGAAAGUGAGGGAAUAAAACUGCUCACAUCAAUAUAUGUAAAGCUUGCAUCGUCGAUUUGGUUAGAGGAUUCAUCGAUUCUUUCAUGGUUGGAAGGAGUCACAUUAGCCACCGUGUCAUCAUUCGAUAACUUUAAAGAAGAGCUUGCAGAUUGGGAGAAACUAAGGAAAACAUGUUAUGUUGGAAUACCGCGGAACAUCGAACGACAUGCAUACUUAUGGGAAGUGACGAGAAAUGCGGAAUGGAUCUUAUCAGAUCCCGCACCACCGUAUAAUGGACGAAUGAUGUAUACAAGAAUAGCGAAUAUACCACGGCCUGAUUCAUUCCUCUCAGGAUUGCUGCAUUCCGUGUGGCCCAAUUACGAUCAGGCUCAACACUUGAAUGCUAGCAUUGAAGAAGUAUUGAACGCUUUACGUAGAAUGUUCGUUACUGAACCGCCUGUUGCUGAUUUUGACGGUAAUAACCAGGACGAACAUAAUCGGGAAGCUAUUAACGAAGUGGGAGAUGAAGAGACAGAGCCAAGGGAGGUGGAGCAGGAGCACGGCGUAGCUGGUGAUGAUAAUGGUGCCUAA